UAUCAUAUAACCACAUAACCUAUAUUUUAUAAGACAUAACCAAAAUCAGUCUUUUCAAAUAUAUCCAAAUACUCUAGUGGGAAUUUAUUUGUUGGACUUAUAUUUAAUUUGAAAUGGUAGUACUAAAAGGUUGGAAAUAUGUGGCUUUUGUGAGCGGAAUUGUCGGUUUCACGGGUUGUGCGAUAUACCCCAUAAUAAUUCAUCCCAUGCUAUAUCCAAAUUAUUGGAAGGAACAACAGAAGAAAAAUAGAUCUGGCAUUAUUCAGGAGAACAUUCAACCAGGAGACAUGAAAGUUUGGACCGAUCCGUUUGAUAGAAAAAAGUCCACUUAGUAUUAAGUACUUU